CUCUCCACCUCACAUUAUGUCUCUUUUGAAGCUAAAGUAGCUUGCUGAACCGAUCCACCGCAGUGCCUGGGACAGACUGAGUGAAAAGAGCAUAAGUGGGAUUUAGAGGAUGGGCAAGGGGAAUUAAGGGAAAACACAGAAGAAACAGAGAGAGAGAGAGAGAGAGAGAGAGAGAGAGAGAGAGAGAGAGAGAGAGAGAGAGAGAGAGGGAGGGAGAGAGACGACUAUCCACCAAACCUCCCCUGGUGUGAGGUUUCUUGGCUUCUGACGUGAGCGCACGACUCUUAUGGCAGGCAGCCGUUUGACUGGCAGUCUGUGUGAGAGAUGAGGGUGCUGUCCAUGGUGCUGAACAAGUCUGCAAGAGCCACUCAGGCACAUCCACUCAUUACUGCAGUGUUGCAACUCCAAUUGAUUGCUACUCAUUCCUGACCACUUCGGCACAUCCUCCAGCUGCUGGAAGAUGAGUUCGUGCAGCAGCCGUGCGUUGACAAUCCUGUCCACUGUGUUUGGAGCCUGUGGGCUGCUGCUGGUGGGGGUGGCGGUGUCCACAGACUACUGGCUGAUCAUGGUGGAGGGGAUCAUCCUACAGCAGAACCAGAGCAUGGAGGUUAAGAUGGCCCUGCACUCAGGCCUCUGGAGAGUUUGCUUCGUGGCUGGAUCAGAAAAUGGGAGAUGUGUUGCAUCAGAGUAUUUCACUGAACCUGAUAUUGAGAUCACCACAGAAAACACCGCAAAUAUCCUCAAGAUGGUGCGAACAGCCACACCCUUCCCAAUGGUGUCGCUGCUCUUUGUCUUCACAGCCUUUGUCAUCAGUAACAUCGGACACAUUCGACCUCAGCGUACCAUACUGGCCUUUGUGUCCGGCAUCUUCUUCAUCCUCUCAGGCCUCAGUCUGGUGGUGGGCCUGGUGCUCUACAUCUCCAGUAUUAAUGAUGAGGUGAUGAACCGGCCCAGGGAGCCCGAGCAGUUCUUCAACUACCACUAUGGCUGGUCAUUCGCCUUUGCCGCCUCGUCCUUCCUGCUCAAAGAGGGGGCUGGGGUGAUGUCAGUCUACCUUUUUAUGAAACGUUAUGCUGAGGAAGAAAUGUACCGCCCCCACCCUGCACUUUACCGCCCCCGCCUGUCAGAGAGCAGUGACUACAGCGGCCAGUUCCUCCACCCAGAAUCUUCCUGGCCCCCACCAAAACGGGGCCGCAGCACCUCCGAGGCCUCCAGCGAUAUCUCCAUCCAGCUUAACCAGACGCCACCAGCACCAUCCAAAAGCAACCUCCAAACAGGCAGCCAGAGCGUUGGGAUGGGAAGCCCCCCCUCUGGGUCUUCAUCUGCAGGAAGCUACCAAAUGCCCCCACAGUCUGCUGGUUACCCCUCCACGCACACCCUGCCCAGGUCACACUCCUCACAUGCUCAAGGCCAAGCGCUUCCCAUGGCCAUGCCUCCAUCACCUGUCCCUCCCCCUCACUAUCACACACACAUGCACAUGAGCGCCUCCCCCUGUUAGAAACACUGGGGAUGGAAGGAGGAACAUUCAACUCCCCAUAAUCAUGAAUACUGUACAUUUAGAUGUGAAUGAGAGUAAAUGCUCACAUGUGGAGCACUGAUCUAUUACGAUAAAGCAGAGAUUGGUGUGAUUAAACAAAGAAAAUCUGGCUUUGGGAGAAAAAAGGAGCAAGGAUGAAAGAAAUGGAGACCAAAAGUGUUGAUAUUUACAGGGACUGUAAUGGACAGAGAGAAUUAGAAACAGCAGCAGGUGGAAAAAAAACCUAGAUCUCAGUUUGUUAUGAUGGAAAAAGAAGGAAAAAAGUGUUUCCUAGAAAGACUUUGGAGGUUAGGUUGAGUGACAGAGGAGGUACAGGGGAGGGAGAGUGAGGCGAGGAGAGAGAGAGGGGCUGCAGUAUUAUACGAAGAUACUGCAGUGCUGCGGGAAAUUUGUAUGCACUUGGAAAUGUACAAUGCAAAACACUGAUCACCAAGACUGAGGAUGCACAUAGUUUUAUACGUACAUAAUUUAUGACAAUACACAGACCUUCUUGAGAUGGUAAUGUGGUCAAGUAUUUCUGUUUUCUCUGAAUUUCUUACAUCAUCAGUGCAGUUUCAUAACCACAAUGUCAAAGUAGCAUUAAUAAUAUAAAUACUUUUUAAAUUAUUAGUUAACAAUAGAAUAAUCCUGAAAUGACAACAGUGUAUGUGAAUGUUGCUAACCUUUACUUAAAAAAUACAGAUGUUAUGAAAUAUCAUGAGCAAAAAUCAACUUUAUGUUUUACAUUUAUAAGAUUUCUAACUUCUUGGUACACAAAAUUGCACAUGACGUGUUCUGUUUAGCUGGUGUAAAUUAUAAAUGAAGCCUUGGCACAAUCUGACCAAGUGGCAUCAACAAAGUGUCUGACUCAUUUUGCUUUGGAUGAAGACACUACAACAGGCACACUACAACCAACAACACGCCCUCUGGAUGCAGAGUGUGUUGGUGUGAUGGAGGAACCACCCGGCGCUGAUACGGGGGUCUGAUGCCCUCUACUGGCCGUUGCUCUGCAGUGACCACGGAUCAGCUCUGGGCCUAAAUCCUACUUUUUCAUCCACUCUUGCCUCCUUGCACCGUGUCAGUCCCUUCUGGUCUGCAUCGAAUCCGGUUGGAUUGAAGCUGUUAUUGAUCUGAACUGAACUUUGAGAAUAAACAUUGAAGGGAAUAAAAAGGAAGUAAUAAUAAAUAAUGAAACAAUACACAGUGAAAAUGUCAUUCUGAACUGUACAGAACAUGUACAAGAUACUCUAUAUGCUUUGACAAUUCAAUACAGGCCUUUUUAAAGCAUCUUUAUCUAUAUAUCUUGAGAAAUCACAUUAGGAAAAUAGGAAGAAAAAUACCUCCGCUUGUGAAAUGCAGGUCCACUCAGGUGAAAUGGCCAUUUAAUUCAACAUAUUUUUUGGCCAAGUGUGAUGAAAUACAGUUUCUUAUUUAAAUGAAGGUAAAAUAUGUAAUUAAUUAUGGCAUUUUCUAGGGGCUUUUGUUGUUCUCAAGACAAAAGAAGGACCUGCAUAUCAACGGCAGCCAUGUUUUAUGUUAGAUUUCUGUUUAUUUUUAAAGCACAUCAAAUAUAGAGAUAUGUCUGUGAGAACUAUCUCUCUAAUGAGAAUUACACCAUGUCAUUGUGUAAUGGCUGGUUUUCAUUAUCACUGUGAUGCUUUAAGAGGGACACGCUGAUGUCCCACAUUACAUGCAUAAGGGAUGGAAAUAGAAAAGGCUCAUAGAGGUGAAAAUAAAGUGAGACCAUUGAAAUAUCAUAUUUUUGCCUAUAUGUGGGGUUUUUGGAGAGUCUAAAUGCUGUUUUGUUGUGUUUUUUUUUUUUUUCCCACUAAAGCCCUGUGUUUUCUUUCUACACACUCAUAUUAAGGAGGAGUCCAGUGUAACUGCAGGUUUACUGUUGAUUCUGCUGUUACAUUUCCGGGGUAAAGUGCCUUGCUCAAGGGCACAUCUGCAGUAGCAAAGUAUUUUUAGAUUUCCCAGUCAGUAAAGAUCUGACCUGAUAAAAUUCCUCUUCUCACUUCUUUAGAUCAGUGAUGACCACCAUCUGACCUAUGUGACAGUGAGGCAUUUCUUCUGCCUUCUCUCCUUCCUUUACAAAAUCAAUGUCCUUUCCAGUCCACAACUAUUCGAUAAUCAUUGGGUGCCUCUUAAACUGCAGCAUUUUUUCCUCUCUUGUUCUUCUCUAUACCUCUGUUUUUUUCCUCUGUACCCAAAGCCUUUCUCUUUGCCUCUACAGUAUUAAAUAAAGGGUGUAGCUGUGCUUGCUUCUGCAUAGAGCUUAGUUUUUCGCACAUAACCAUUUUUGUAUCACAAGAUGGUUAAAACAAAUGCUUUUCAAUCCCUCAGUGGAACUAAUGCUGUAUACUCUUGAGUUAUAUAAUUUAACAGACAUUAUGAUAAGAUUGCUGUUCUUUAAAGUCUUGACAGUUGUCGUUGACUUGCCUUUGCUAUAAUGAAUAAAACUUAAUAGUUAAUUUCACACA